CUACAGGCAACCAUUGGAAUAGAUUUUUUGUCAAAAACUAUGUAUUUGGAAGAUCGAACAAUACGGCUUCAGCUCUGGGAUACUGCAGGCCAAGAGCGUUUCCGUAGCCUUAUUCCCAGUUACAUCCGUGAUUCAGCCGCAGCUGUAGUAGUUUACGAUAUUACAAAUGUAAACUCCUUCCAACAAACCACUAAAUGGAUCGAUGAUGUUCGAACAGAGAGAGGAAGUGAUGUUAUCAUAAUGUUAGUGGGAAAUAAGACAGAUCUCGCUGAUAAAAGGCAAGUUGCAAUUGAGGAAGGAGAAAGAAAAGCCAAAGAACUGAAUGUAAUGUUUAUUGAAACUAGUGCUAAAGCUGGCUACAACGUAAAACAGCUUUUCCGGCGUGUAGCUGCUGCCUUGCCUGGAAUGGAAAGCACACAGGAUAAGAGCAGAGAAGACAUGAUCGAUAUAAAACUGGAAAAGACCCAAGAGCAACCAGUCAGUGAGGGAGGGUGCUCUUGCUAAUAUCGGCUCUGUAGGCCACUGCUUAUUUGUCAUUACCAUCCACCACAGUGUGAAUAUUGGCUAGUAAUCUUACCCUGUUGGUAAAGUAUUGCAAUUCAUCAUUGCUGGCUGUCUUGUAAUUGAUCUAUUAGCUUCACUAGCACAAACGUGGAGAAAAUGUCAGUGUCUUCAUUGGGAAUAAAUACAAAAAUAUGUGAUUGCCAAAACUCAACUUGCAUCAGUUUACUUUUAAUCAGAAGACACAUUUUGUUCUUUGCGUUGUAUAAUAUUGCACUUUUAAUGAUGGAAUUCUGUAACUGUUUAGUGUAAAGGACAGUUUAUGCAGAUAACAUCUGAAUGCUAAGUGGCUUUAUGACAUUGACUACAUUAUCUGAACAAUGAGACACCAGUGAAUUAGACCUUUUUAAUUGUUUUAAAUGAUAGGUUUCUCAUUGUGAUCUGUUGACAAAACUAAAUUUCUCAAGGGUGCAAAGAGAACUAAAAAAAUCUUAAUUUACACCAAACAUCACUUAAACUUUACAAAAAAUCUGUUAGUUUUAACAGUUCCAGUUUGUGAUAUAACACCCAGAUCAUUAUGUGCAUGAUUCAUCUAUAAUGCAAUUUUGAAUUCCUUUUAUAGCACGUUCUGAGCCCAACAUCUUUUAUAAAAUUCUGUCAAAUCGUUUGGUUGUGUGUACUAAGAUGGCGAUGGCCACUCAGAUGUGCAUUUUCAAAUAAUUAUGCACUAUUUCCAGCUAAAUGAAUUUGCAUUGAAUGGGCAGAAAAAGAUCAAGAUCAAAAUCAAAUCUUUGUGCUGUGGACGGUGGAAAGUUCUCUUUGCUCACUUGCGCACACUUAAAAUGUCAUCUAGCAUACAGAGAUCACUUCACUUCAAUUGUGCAUUUGAAGGAAGGAAAACUUUCACAUGCAAGACUUGUAAAAUUAUGCAUCUUUUAUGCCUUUUUGUUCUAGGGCUUCCAUUUUGGUUAGAAGUUUGUAAUUCUGUGUGGUUUGACUAACACCCAGAAUUAUUAUUUAGCAUUUUUAUUUAACUUGGAUUAUCUCCCCACUUUUUAAUUUAUUCUGUACUCCAGUUUUUAAAUCUUUUAGAUGUGUGACCAAUUGAUUUUUUUUUUUAGGUUUUACUUCAUGAACAUAAUAGCUUUAUUUUACUUAUGGCAUUCUUUCUGAUCUGAGUAUGUGAAGUAUGUUUAGACUAACUGGUUGUGGGGUGGAGAAACUGUUUCCAGUUAAUGCUGUACACCACUUUUUCCUAUUGGAGAAAGUAUAAACAAAUGGAACUGUCAUGCCCUCCAGUUGGGAUUUUUUGCAUCCUUUAAGUGCCUACACCCCAUGCGUUGUUAAAGUAGGGCUGCAGGUAUGGUUGGUCUCCUUGUUGCUAAGAAUCAUAAUUCUGCCUUACUUUUGGUGUGGCAUAUACGGGCAUAGAGAUGUCCUGGUUUUCAUGAGACAUCGAUCAAAGUUCGGGAUUUUGCCUGGAAAUGGCUACUUCCCAGCCUUGCAUGCCAGAGCUGUAAUUUUUUGCUUAUCCAUUGUUAGGUUACUAAUUUUUUCAUAAUUUUGCUACUGAAAAUACUGUAAGAUGGUGUGGCUUGGGUUAAUUUUUUGAUGUUUUUGCCAUUUGUAUUUUUAUGUAAAACGUUUUUCUUGGGAGUACAAGAAAAUAACACUAAAUUCUUUUUCACCGAAAUAUCUAAAUAGCUAAUUAAAUAAUUAUUAUUCAAGCUCAACUGAGGAAGUUCUUUGACCAAACAAGAGCAUGCUGAUUUUUAUCAGAACUUCUUUAUACACUGACAAAACUAACAAGCUUGUGAACACUGUUUCGAGAGCAGCAUUUUUCUCAAGUAUGAUUUGAAAAUUCUUUCACAAAUUAAGCUAUCAAGGCUUCUGUGGUGCAGUAGUGUGCAGUUUCGGUAGUACUGGUUUUUGAACAGAAUAUGGCUUAUUUGGCUUGACUGUUGUACCCAUGCAACUGUAUAUUCAUUACUACUUUUGCGUAUGUCUUGUUACUAUGAUAACCCUUGAAGUUAUGAAAAGAAAAAUUUUUGUCCGAAAUAUCACUAGUACCUCAGCUCUGUUUGAUAAUGUAAAAUAAAAACCCAAAGCCUGAACAAAAUAAACACCUGCCUAUUCAAAGUA